AUGUUUUCCUUCCGUAUUUUCGCACUUGCCAGUGUAAUCGCAGUCCUGGCCCCUUGCUCUUUGGCAAGGCCUAAGACGCCAUGUCCUAUUGAGAGUCGUUCAGCAUCAGAUAUCAUAAAAGAGCUUGGGCUUACUCCGAACAUCGAGAAAGGAUUUUACACUCAGACAUUCGAGAGCACGGAAAAGUUUAGCAGCAACCGUUCUCUUAGUACCGCCAUAUACUACCUCUUGGAAGGGUCCGCUGGUCCUUCCAUCUGGCAUCGGCUUGAUGCUGCGGAGGUCUGGCACUACUAUGCUGGCGCUCCUCUUACUUUGUCACUAUCCUACGAUGACGGGACGCCUAUAGAAGAGGUUGUGUUGGGCCCGGACAUCUUUGAUACUCAACAACCCCAAAUUGUGAUCGCAAAGAACCAGUGGCAAAGAGCAACCAGCCAUGGCAGGUGGUCCUUAGUUGGAACGACUACUGCGCCAGGUUUUGUUGAGGCGGGCCUUGAACUUGGAGAGCCAGAUUGGAUGCCCAGAACCGCUUAA